UUCUGAUUGGACUGCUGUCUCAGAAAAACAGGUUACGCCAUAUUGUCAGAAUCCGAAGAGCCUUUCACUUCUGUAAAAAUGACAAAAUAGCUGAUUUGAUCAUCUGUAGACAGCUAAGAUGGAGCACAUUGGGGCAAUGGAAGGUGCACCCUUGGAUGAUGGCUCUGCCCAGCAGGGGUCAAAUAUUUGCAUGCGAAGUCGACCAUGCUCGAGCGAGAGAGACGGCCAGGUGCGGGCUGUCAAAGCCGCUCUCCAGUCCAGGCUGGGGCCCUACGAGCCCGUGCUGACCUACCUACAGUCCGUCCUGGUGUGGGAGAGACCCUUACAGUGUGUGCUUAUCUACACGGUGGUCAACGUGGUGUUCUGGUUCUUCGCCCUGACCUCGCUGCGCCUGCUGUUCCUGCUGGCUUUUGGUCUGGCUCUGAUUGUCACUGUUGAUACCUGGAGAAAUCAAAUCUGGCCAGAGAUUAGAGUUAGAAACCUGGAAGAACCAGAAAAUGAAAGCUGGGGUCUGGUGCAGCCUGGCGUCCUCAGCGUGCCUGAACUGUGCCACCACAUCGCUGAGGCCUGGGUCAGUGGAGCUGUGUUCACAUCCAGUGUGGUGCAGUUCAAACAACAUUACCCCGGCAAGUUCUGCCUCCUGACCUGUGGCGUGUUCACCUGCCUGGCUGGGGUUGGACGCUACAUUCCUGGAUUAGUGCUCUCCUACUCUGCCUUAUGGGCUUCUCUCCUCGCUCCUCUGGGAGCCUAUUACAGGAUUUUUCAGCAUGUGUGUGUGAAGCUGGAUCCGGUCCUGCAGCGACUGGACUUCAGUGUUUGUGGGUUCAUGAUGUCCAAGCCUAUUGAUAAUCAGUUCCUGCGGAGGCCUCUCCGUGGCCCCUCAGGGGAAGACAGUGACAGCGAGGAGGAGUUGGCUGCUUUCUGCCCAACGUUUGAUGAUGCUAUUGUUGCAAAAGAACUGGCGAUGACUGAUUCUGAGCACUCCGAUGCUGAGGUGUCCUACACUGAUAAUGGGACCUUUAACCUAUCUCGUGGGCAGACCCCACUCACAGAGGGCUCUGAGGAUUUUGACAGGCACAGUGAUGCUGAGGAGUCCUUUGCUCAGGACCUCCAAGACUUCCCCUCCAUAAACCCUGACGCCACUCUGAUGGACGACGACGAGGACACGAGCAUCGGUCUGCCCAGCCUGGCCAUGUCUGGGCUGGCUAGUUACCGCGCCUCGGUGAUGGACGCCCAUCUGGACUCUGAUCAGGAGGAUCUGGAUGAAGAGCUUUCUCUCAGCGGCCUGCCACCUGCCUCUGAUUUCGCCGGGGACUUGGCCGGAGUCAUCGCCAGCAACAUGAUCCAGGCAGCUCUGGCCGGGGCGCUGCAACCUCGGCCCCCUGCCCCCCGCCGCAGAGAAGGCCCUCCACGGGCUGGAGCCCGCCGGAGCUACCGUAAGCAGUCUAGCUCUGAGCUCGACACAGACUUGGACGGAGAGGACUUUGAAAUGCUGGAUCAGUCUGAACUGAACCAGAUGGACCCCCUCGCAGGAGGAGGGGGUAGUAGACGGGGGGAGAGCCAGGGGUCUAACUUCUUGUCUAACUUUCUGGGUAAACCACAGUAAAGUGUGUGUUUAUGAGUGUGUGUGUGUGUGCGAGUGUGUCUUUAUGUCAAGUGCAACUUCCUGAGCAGUUUUCAUGUGUGAGAGAGCAUUUAAGGUUCCAGCAGCCCUGCUUCUGAUUAGCAUCAGUUAUCACUGUGAAGAACCUGAUUCUUAUUUGUAUCUUCUCAAACUCUGUUCUCCCGUACUUUCAAACCCUGAUCAUCCAGAAAAUAUUUCAUUUGUAGGCUGAGCAAUAGCAAAUGCCACAACAAACCUAAACCCCAUUCGAACAUUAAACAAACCAGCAUUAUUGAGGCUUGUUGCAGAAUUGUGAUUAGCGGCACCUUGUCUAUAAUGUCUGUAAAUACAGAACAACAGUGCCCAUAACAUCUUACAGGGCUAUUCAACAUGGGACCAAACAUGACAUUCCUGUUGGUUAGGUUGAGCCAUGCUACUAUGAUAAUGACAUUAUUGUACAGCAAUACAUGUUCAAGUUGUUUUGUCAUUUGUGAAAGAUAAAUUAACCCCUCAUUGGCUUUCAUCAAAUGUGACAAAGGAGCAGCAGUUCAUGUUGCUGUUGAUGUUAGUGCUCUGCUGUCCUUAAAAGUGAUUUGGCCAUGCUCUUUUACAAUAUUUCAGGUUUACAGAUUUGAAUUAACCGUUUUUAAACACUUUUCAGUUGUUGUGGAUUUAGACAGCUAUCCUCUUCCAUGAUAAUUAAUAUUAGGAUAAAGGUUUUAAGUUCUCCUUUAUGAUUUUCUUUCCUGCUGUCUAACAUAUGAAGGCAUCUCAAUGUAUUUUUGUUAGCUUAUUUAAUUUAAAAAAAAUCACCCCUUACAGUCUUAAGAUAUCUGUCCUGGAGGAACUCUUGGUCUUAGGUUUGUUGUUUAUUUUAUUUAAAGUUUUUUUUUCCCAGGUCUGUUUCUUUUUCUGUGCAAGUUCAGAAUCCUUUUGCUGUUUUCCUGCCCUUUAAUACAGCUCGAUAAUAUAUGAUGUCCAUGUUUAAUACCUUUGUGUGUUUGUUGUCUUUUUUAAAGUAAUGUUUAAACAAAUGUCCUAUCUUUUAUCAUCCUUGAAUUUCAUGUAGUUGACAGUCAUGCUGCAUUUUUUUUUUUAGGAGAAAACAAUCAAGUAUUAUUCAAUUCAUGAAUAUUUUAAUAGGGAAACAUGUUUACAUCAAAAUUGAUAAUAGAAAUGUAUCCUGUUAGAAUGUAAAGGUUUAACGUGGCUGUGUGCUGGUCAGCCUGAUUUUCUUUUUGAUAGACAAAUCAUAUCACUUUACUGCGGAAAUGGCACUUAAAACUUAAAUGAGCCACAGUUGAAUUGUAUUUAAAUGCAUGUAUCAAAAAGUGAGCAAUUGCUGGGAUUUUAAUGGCUGAAAACAUUUCUUUAAAUGCGUUAUUUUGAGAGGGAAAUCAUAGUUGCAGAUGAGAAGUUGGCAUAUAAAACGGCUGGAUCCACAUUUAUGGGGGUGAAGUAAAACAAUUGUGCACUGAUAGAUACUUGCUUGGAUUUUAGGGUGAAAGAAGAAGAAGAAGAAGGAGGAGGAGGAGAAGAAGUUAGUCUUAGUUGUCUGACUUGGUUUUGCCACCUCAGUUAAACAGAAUGUUGCUCAUCGCUGCUCCAUGAAGAGUCUGUUCCUCAGUUUGAUAAUGUAACGUGCAUAGUAGUAUAUGUUCUUCUCUGUAACUGGUUUUGAUGUGAGAAUCGUAUUGAAUAAAAUGUUUGCAAUUAA